AUGGGAUGGUGAGCGCUGACAGAGGAAACUUGGUGUUGUUGAUGGAAGAAGGUCAGAUCGGCCUCAAGCCGCGAGCCGAUUAGGCAGGUAUAGGCGUCUUUGGCGCACAGGCCAAGCGGGCGGCUGAGGUAAGCGCCUUAGCCCUGCCCCGUGCCGCCGCCCGCAAGAGGUCCACGUGACCGGCCUCAACAUUGACGGGUUUGGCAUCUUGAGAGAUUUCAACAAACAGCCAUAACACAGCUUCAAGCUUGCGGGCCAAUGCGUUUGCUGGUGGUUUCCAUUGCUGGCGCGACAGAAAAAAAAAUUCGACUGGAACAAAGCCCCAGCUUUUUACACUGAACAUUGAGAUCUUUGAUUUGCUCCUUGCUCGUUCUUCAGUGAAUAACAUAGGCUCCAUCAAUUUCUUAUAGUUAUACGGAGUAGUUGUGCUGCAAUAUCUACAUUUGAAAUUAUUUCCUUGCCAGUAUGGCGUCAAAUAAUACGAAUAACCAGAUAACAGCUGAUGAAAUUGCUCUCUAUGACCGCCAAAUUCGGCUCUGGGGCGUCAAGGCACAGGAAAAGCUCCGAACUUCGAAAAUCCUUCUGGUAACCAUCAAGUCACUUGGGGCGGAAAUCGCCAAAAACCUUGUACUGGCCGGUAUUGGAUCUCUCACGAUCGUGGAUAACGCUAUCGUCAAAGAGGAAGAUAUAGGGGUUCAGUUCUUUCUAUCAGAUGAACAUAUCAACCAAAAUCGAGCAGAAGCGGCUGCCCCUCAAAUUAUACAGAUGAACCCAAGGGUAGAUGUGGUUGUUGAAACAAUCGAUAUCAGAUCAAAACCACCGGCAUUCUUUGCGUCGUACGAUGUGACCAUUGCAGCAGAUCUCGACUACGGCACUAUCUGCUUCAUAAACAAUGCCUGUCGGGUCGCCAACUGUCGUUUCUAUGCGGCAGGAGUCCACGGCUUUUACGGCUACAUCUUCUCAGAUCUCAUCACCCAUGACUUCGUGAUCGAACGAGAAAAAUCAAAUGUCGCCGCCGCAGCUAUCGAGACACCGACGAGGACCGUCCUAGAUGUUAAAACCAAGAAAGAAAACGACAAGAUGAUUGAAAUGAUAACAAAGCGCGAAGUCUACUGCCCACUCAUGCUUUCAAACACCUCUCCUCUACCUCAAGAAUUUACCAAAGUCCGCCGCAAGCGCUUGCAGGUAACACCACUUCUCACCUGCCUACGAGCGCUCUGGGAAUUUCAACGAGAAAACAACGGGAGAUUGCCAGCAAAGGAUGAUUUGGAGACAUUUAUUCGCCUCACCAAUGAUCGCCAUUUAGAACUACGCCUGGACAUAUCCACACUCACAGCGGAAUUCAUACGAAGCUUCCUUGACAAUCUAGGAAGUGAAUUGAGUCCUGUGUCCGCAUUCUUGGGUGGCUCGCUUGCUCAAGACGUCAUCAAUGUGUUAGGUGCGAGGGAACAACCAUUGCAAAAUCUGCUAUUGUUUGAUGGCGAACGGAGCGUUGCUCCCAUUUACUCCCUUCAUCCGAUUUUCCCCGAGGAUUGAAUCAGCAGCGUCACCCUAUGAACGCACCAGCCCCCCGCCGUUUUGACAACAGCUGAAAAGAAUAGGCCUAUUGAUGGAGCCAAAUUCUAUCCCGCAUUUCGUUUGGUUGGGCUAAAGUCAGGUUGCUCCCUUACACUUUUAGCAAUCUUGCGAAAGUCCAUCCAUUGUUUUUUUUUUUUUUUUUUUUUUUUAAAUGUCCACUUCUCGCGAGUGUCAAACGAAGAGGGCAUUCUAUGCAUCUACCAUAUUGAAACUCACGAUGGAUCUGUCUCUCAUCCCAAAUAGAAAUGGGACAGAUCUUGGUGCGGACGGUACAAUGCGGCUCGAAACAUACUUCUUUUGCACAAAUCGCGCCGCCGAUCAGAUAACUUAUGUUUUUACUAUCUUUUCCUCCCGUUUUCCACAUGGAACCAUCCCUUGGCGUUUAGACUUUCAGUGGAAAAUAUUAUCUGAUUGCUUAUCGCUUCGGGAGGCGAAUCUGUUUGUAAACUCUCUGAAGAGAUCUAGCUGAAUGGGGUAAAAUCGAAAGGGAAGCGGGUAAGCAGCUUGCGAAGAAGAUAGAAGCCAAAGCUAUAUAUAAUAGAAUACGGGUGGGGAUAUGCUCGUUGUGUUGGCAUUCUCCAUCCUUCUUAGAAGAUAAUUGAGAGAUCCAAAACCCAUAGUAGGGGGUUCAACAAUGUACAAGAUGUCUGCUUCAACAAAGAAGAAAAUAUAAUUUUUAAUAUAUAUGGAGAAAUCCUCACCCUC